UCAUUAUCAUUAUCAUCAUGACCGGAAAAAAAACCCUAAAUAGCCCGGUUGAAAGCCCGUUAUCGGGCAACACAUCCGAUAACUUCUCUAAAGAACUAGACAAGUUCCUCCCUAUAGCUAAUGUUAGUAGAAUCAUGAAAAAAUCUCUCCCAGCCAACGCGAAAAUCUCCAAAGAAGCCAAAGAAACCGUUCAAGAAUGUGUGUCUGAGUUCAUUAGCUUCAUCACGGGCGAAGCAUCGGAUAAAUGUCAAAGAGAGAAGAGGAAGACCAUCAAUGGAGAUGACCUUUUAUGGGCUAUGACAACAUUAGGGUUUGAAAAUUAUGUUGGACCCUUAAAAGGUUAUCUAAAUAAGUAUAGAGAAAGUGAAGGGGAAAAAAAUAUCAUGGCUAGAAAUGAUGAAACUUCACAUGAACCAAUUAUAACUAGUACAAAUAAUAUUAUUGGUACUAGUUAUAAUGAUAAUAAUAAUAAUAAUGUUACAAAAUUCUCAUUAGCAAGGCCUGAAUUUAUUCAGAGCUAUAAUAAUGGGAAUUUUUCACAAAAUUAUGGUGAGAAUUUGACAUCUAAAGCUAAUCUUCAUGGGGUUGAAUGGUAG